CUUUUUCUCUUCUUUUACCCGUCUUUGUCGGCGCAGCUGCAGCUACUGCUGCUGCUGUUGACCCGGCGCGGCCGACCUACGUCACAGCCCCUCGGUCCCGAGCCACGUGCUCGGCGCCUGGGUUUGUCGCCUGGCCCCGGGGAAGAGGGGGAGGUGGGAAGAGGGGGAGGGGCUGGCUGCUGUGCGCCGCCGUUCUUCUCGCACACGCGCCUUCGAAGUCGCAGUAGUCGGUGUCAUCGGGCAGCAGCUAAAGGCGAUCAGCUGAAGGACCGCAGUCGACGUCGUCGGGGGCUCCUGGGGGUCUCUGAGCGUGGUUCGUUUCGUUCUGGCCCUGCCUUCUUCUCACAGCGUCUGUGGAGCAGCAACCUGCUAAGUGCACAGUGGCAAGUCGCCUUCUGAGUUUGCGCGGGUGCGCCUAACUCUCCGCGAGGCCGCCUGUGACAAAGAGUGCGUCUAAUCCGGCAGCUGCCGACUCCGUCGUCGUCCUCCCCGUCACUGGUAGUCAGGCUCACCGGCGGCCCAGAAUCGCCAUGCCGAGCACGGGCCAGGUACCGUCGCUGUCGGCGCUGCAGCCCCCGCACGAAGACGCGCACAACCACCACCACCACCACCACCCGGCCAAGGACCAGUACCGGGUCGUGGUACUCGGAGCCGCCCGAGUCGGCAAGACGGCCAUCGUGCACCAGUUCCUGUACGACGAGUUCCCCGUCGACUACUUCGCCACCGUCGAAGAGUUCCACACGGGCGAAUACGAGCUGAACGGGGCCUCCCUCACGCUGGACAUCGUGGACACGAGCGGCAGCUACCCGUUCCCGGCCAUGAGGCGGCUGGCCAUCACCACGGCCGACGCGUUCGUGCUCGUCUACGCCAUCGACGACCCGGAGUCGUUCGAAGAGGCGCGCCGCAUCCACGACCAGAUCGUCGAGCUGCGGUCUGCCAAGGCGCCCGUGGUCGUCGUCGGCAACAAGUGCGACCUGCCCGCCGCGAUGCGCCGCGUCAGGCGAGAGGUGGCCGAGACCAUCAUCUCCAUCGACUGGGAGCACGGCUUCGUCGAGUCCUCGGCCAAGGAGAACAUCAACGUUUUGGGCAUCUUCAAGGAACUCCUGGUCCAGGCCAAGAUCCCCUAUGACCUGAACCCGGCCGCCGUGAACAAGAGGCGUCGCUCUCUGCCGGUCUACCCGACCAGCCCGACCAUCAAGGACAAGACGCUGCUCAAGAGGAACAGCUGCGCGGUGUCAUAGCUGCGUGGAGGUCGUCGCUAGUGUUUCUCUACGUGAACUCAUCUUCUGGACUGGCGCUUGAGUGCAGUGACUGUGACAUUUCGCUGCUGGUGCAGUGCUUCGAAACUGUACGUAGAUUCGCAGUGAAGCGAAGCAUCCGCAUCUGUGUCAUCAAGGGGAACGCUUUGCCCAGGAUGAAUGCCGACGAACUGCCGUCCGGCUUCAUGAGACUCCGAGGCCGCCAAAACGACGUCAUAGCAAAGCCUUGAACAAUUCAGCAAACCGUGGGUCGCACAAGAGGCAGGAACUGCCGCACCCCCGUGCAAUACAGUAGUCGACCAAUGACGGUCGGCGCAGCGACGUGAACAUUCAACUCAUAAGGACGUCGUCGGUUCGAAUCCGCAGCCUAUGGAAAGCCAAAGGGAAUAAACACUCGCUUCCUGAAUACUGGCGGCUCUGCAUCACCAAGAUGGCUGCGUCAUGCAGUUGAUUAGAGCCGUAAAGUUCCAUAUAUGUCUCUGAUUCGGCGCUGUGAUCUGGAGCAAGCUCGGAUCCUGGACUCAUGUUUCCCCGACGAUAAGACUAACAUUAACUACGGAGUUCGAGUAACUCGUUGUCUUAGUCUAUGCCAUCUACAAGGUCUGACCACGUUUAUUGUUUGAGCAUGGCGAUUCAGCAGGUAAUCACCUACGUGUACUUUAUUCCGAGCAGUUUCAUUGUGACGCACUUUCACUCGAGAAAGCCGGUGUUACAAGUUUCUUGUGAUCGCAACCUAAGAAGCUCAGCGUAAGCGAAGAACAAGCACCCUACCGCCAGUGUGACGUAGCAGAUAGAGCGAUGACUGCGACACAACCCUGACCUGCGAUCCAACAGUGCUGUUCACGAACGCUAACAGUUCCUGUGUAUCGCAAUGCCCUCUCGUGUCAGGAACAUCCUAACCCAGAGGACCGUCGCACUGUGCCUGUGCUCAAGAUGAUGAAUUGUGCAAUUGUUAAUGAGAACGAGAACAGACGCGAGACCACAGUCUGGUCAGCGUCUGGUUCCUACUAGCACUGUUGCAUCGUGUCUUUCGGUAUUUGCACGUAGCUUAUUCCGUCGGAACACCUGAAUUUCCACUCAGGCGUCGUCUUUCGCAGGCAUAAUAAAGUUUGCCAGUGCGGGUAAGGAAUGGAACAUCGUAUUCCUAGUGGAUGUCUGAUGGCGCAGCACGGACCAGCCUUCAGAUUAUUCUCGACGCCGCAGCUAAUUAUGCAUGAUAUGCCCGAAAGUGAGACAGCGUGGUACUAAUUGUAGACUCUGGGAGGCCAAUACGACGUAGCACUUUUAAUGCAGAGUCAGUCUACUGCUUUAAUAGACGGCUUUUUUGAGCACACAGGCUGAACCAAACUCAGCAGCCACGAGAGCAGCGUAGGGACAUUGGCUCCGGUACGAACAUUCAGGCACGCGUGUUAGUUUGGGAAUUUGGUACCAACGGUAUGUCCGGAAACGGACAACUAUAUGCCGUAAACCGCGAAACUUUUUGUCCUUUCACAAGUGUAGAUUAGCAUUCAACACUGCCUAACCACAUCUGCGCAAUUCCUUUUUUUUUUUUUCGUUGUUAACACCUAUGUGCUUGCCCAAGCUAGUUACACCCUUUAAUCAAUGCCAACAACACAAUCUGCCAUCUAGCAAACGCACCAUUUAUUAUCCUUAUCCCCAUAUUGAAGUAGAAUGUAAUGAUGUACUACGCACUUUUCUAACCACGUCUGUCAUUACGCUUUCUUUCUGCUUAGCAUAAAUGGCGCCCGGAGGCACAUUUCUCAGCGUCAGAAGGCGUUCUUAUCCGUAUAACCACCGCAUUUCUGAAAUAUCUGCAUGACCAAUACCGAAAGAACGAGCCUUACCCAAUAACUAACGUUGGUAUUUUUUUUCUACCAUGGCCUUCUAGCGCAUUCUUGUGCUGUAUACGCACCGGCUUCAUUUUUGUGUCCGAGUUAUUUCUUGUCCGCAUCUGCAAGCAACGUAAGUUAGUAACGACCCUAAUUUUUGCCCCACACAAGCCCUGGAAAGCGCCAGCACGUAAUUCUUCGCCCAUGCCAUCUCCGUCAAACUAUAGUUAUCAAUGACGAUUCAUCUAAUGAAUUUCGUUAUAAAGCCAUUGCACCCACGGGCUUUUUAGAUACUUGUGGUUCUGAGUGAGAUCAAGGUAAUGAAAAUCAAAGCUAAGCGAGCCCCAACACAUCGUACCGUACUCUACGCAGUUAAAAAGACUGUCACGACGGGGAAAAAAAUGUGCCAGGCGAUUGGAGGUGUCCACGCAACCGGUAUCGCUAAACUUGUUUAGGGCACUGGGGAUGGGUUACUUCCAACGCUGUUCGUUGGAUACUUGGGACUGAGUGCUGAUAGAGUGGCGGACGGGCACCAUGCCAGCUUAAGCAACAUUUUGCAGGAGUUACUGCAAAUACUGGUGCCAAACGAAACCGACAACGCUUUCACGACGUGCCUACGCGAAGUGCUUCGUUCCUGUUUUUUUUUUUUUUUUUUACUGUUAUUUCUCUGACCUCAUUGCUUUCCUCAGUCGCACUUAAACCAGAACCACAGCUCCUAUAUUAAAGAUAACAGGCAGGUCAAUAAUUUAUUUAUUGAUUGAACACUUCGGUGUCUCGUCCCGAAGUAACACUCAUGUCGUUGCAGAUGUCACCGGAAAGGUCUGUGGAAAAAAAUGUUUUGACCACCUGCCACUUGCUAACGUGCACGUAAGCCUACGCAUUCGAAAUUGGUUGUUGCAUUCAUUCUCAACUGGCAUCCGGCCUCCCCAGCCUGGACUUGAAUUUGGGACUUUGCCCGCAACCGGAAAGUGCCAUAGGUACUGAGACAACACGAGUCACACUAUCCUGGUGGUAUCAAAUCUCUGUAACUAGGCAGAAACUUGUCUCAAGUUUCCAAAUCGAGUUCGAAAGAUAAUUUGGCUACCAAGUCGUUAAUUAAAUAUAUUCGCGUCAUAAAAGUAUCUAAAAAUAUAUAACACAUCAGUAAUCACCCCAAUGGGAACGUAAGCAAUUAGAAUCGCAGUGGAAUUUGAAAAGAAGGGAUAGUGGGCAGGGAUGUUAACCCGAAAAGCAUCUGGUUGGCUUUCCUACGCUGAUGCAAUGGAAAGGAGCCGUAGAAAGAAGCUUUUAGAAAGAAAGUGCUCAUUAAAACCUCUGGAACGGAAUCAGUGCGAUACCGAGAAAUUGCUGUAAUCUAAAUGUUGUUCUGAUACGAUAUUAUUUGUACAUGUUCAGCUGCAGCUUAGUAGGCGAAAGAAGUGCAUAAACUGAGGUACAACGUCAAAUAAGGACACUUAACUAAACUAGUUCGAUGAGAAUGCGGGGAGGUUCGAUCUUUAGGUGUGACUGAGGCUCCCAUCCAGCUUAAUAUUAUUCGUAUACACUCUUCGGAAUUUGUGGCGUAAAUCAGUGAGGUGACGUCUGUGCCGAUUGUGAUGCAUACGAACUCCUUAACUAGACCCCCUGAUGCAACUCCUGUGUUCUUGAAUGUGAAAUGGUCGCCAUCUAUCGAGCUUUCAAUGUGAUUUUUCUGGCAUUUUCUUUCCUCUCUGUAAAUGUUUGAUGUUCAUGUCUGCUUGGCUGUGUCUUUAAGCGUUAUUUGUUCUGAACGUCAGCUGUUUCCGUAACUCUUAUCUCCAGGCUGUGCACGUGCGCGUGAAGCUCUUUAACCACACCAGUUGCAAAAAUUUCAAUAACACACUGAUCGUUCCCUUAACCAGUUUUGAGUUUCGAGCCAAAAUAAAUGCUAACAAUGUUAGCGUGAAACCGUAGAAUGAAAGUGGUGAACAGAAGCAAUUGCAUAUUUCAAGCUUUUCUACAACAGAUGAGUUGGUAACCAGUGCAGAAGUGUUUUUGGGAUUAUAAGCUUGUAUACCUCAUCAGGCCGCGAAAUUGGUAUAAAGUUUUCCCAUUGGUGAGGUUGAAGAGCACUAUUUGUGAUUUUUUGUCAAUCAAGAACGGUUCUUUUUGUCGGAUUACGGUGACCUGUGUGGCUUCGUGCGGUCAGCUGCGAAGUUGUCAUGGAACUUCGAUGAAGUUUUGACCCCACGUGGCGCCAAAUACGAUUGCGAACACAUCGUCUGUUCAUUAAUGCACCAUGGCGGAUAGGCGGGAGCGGUGGCUUGACCACAUGACGGACAGUUUUUUUUUUCCAAAUAACAAAGCAGCAUUCGUGGAUGAGAAGCUCGUGAGACAAUCUCAAAGCACGAUCAUGAAAAUAAAAGGAGGAGAAACGCCAAAUGUGACAGAUGCGUCGACGACACCUAAGGUUGAAGAGCCACGGGCUGACGAAUGGCAUCGUGGAAAGCGUGACGUAGGAUUCCUGAAGCGUAGUAAUCAAAAUAAAGUUUAACCGCAAACUGAGGUCUUCGUGUCACUCGAAUACACAGACAUAUUUAGGUGAGAGUUAUAAACGUGCUGGUAAUCUUGGCUGGUCUUUACAGCCUCCUAGUACCCUGUUCAUUUUAUUUAGUGAGGUUUGAAAUUUCGCUGAACGAAAGUCGUGCGUUUGCCUGCCACCAUCUUGACCAGUGCACCAUUUGACAAAUAAACACGUGAGCUGGCUCCCAAGAAGGAGAGCUUACGGAUUACCAAUGAUGGCUACGUGGCGUAAUGUGUCAAUCCGAAUCUCCGUCUCAGCAUGGCUCUCAGGGACAUUUAUUUUUGAAAUCCAAGCAUAAACGUCAAGGAGUCGUUUUAAUGCAUUAUUGGCCCCGUAACUACAAAUGAAGGUGAUAUACUUUUCAUAUAGUGUUUUAUCAUGUGCAUGACGAAAAGCUUUCGUUUGAUCUCCCAAUAUAUAUUUUUCCUCUCCAGAUGUUAAGAGAUGUUUUGUUAUUCCCAGUCAGCUCUUUGAAAGAAUGUAGGAACGCUAUGGCUGACAAAAGAAGAAGUGCAGUGGUCACCUCAAGAAAAAAAUGCUUGCAAGGAAUCUUCUUUUUUUUUUUAAGAAGGAAGAGCGUUCUGGGGUUGGUAUAAUCACCUGGAAUUUCUCGUUCCUAACUGCACCAUGAAUUCGUAGUACUAGGUUUCAUGGCGUUGCUAACCCACGUGACUUGACCACAUGGAAAAUUUUACGUUAACGCCCCUGAAUAUGGUGGAAAUCAGCGAAAUUUCGGUGCAAGAUCGCGUGCAACUCGGCAGUUGUCCCGACACAAAGCUAGUCAGCUCACUGCAAAGCUAGUCAGCGUGCUUCAGGACUUCACGUCACGCAGGCGCGCUCUUCAACACGUCGUCAUGUCGUCAGACUUCUUCGGAACAAAAGUAUUUGCGAAUGUAAUCUGUACUCACAUAAACACAAAAGCCGAAGGUUUGUUUUCAUCUAUGAAUGGAACACUAUAUCCCUGGUUCCUCAAUUAAGCUCUUUGUUCUGCUUGCUUUAGCGGUGCGUCGAUGCAAAAGGACGCUGUUGGAUGUUGUAAAAUAUAGGCUAGACAUUUUUUCAAUGUGCGACAUCUGUGAUUUUGUGAUUUCGAGGUGAUCUUUGUGUCUUGACGAGCUUGCAUCGACGUUUUUUUUUUUUUUUUGAUGUCGUGAAGCCACAGUUUCUUCCUUGCUCAUGUGUUCUUGGCAGACUCUUGUUGAACUUGUGUGUCGCUUCAGUGAAAAUGACCCCACCCGCGACUACACUACUAUGAAUAAAAAAAAAAACACGCUGCUUCCAUGUAUAAAUAAAGGCUGUUCGACUGUAA